GCCCAGCCGCGGCCUCUUCCUCGCGCCGCACCCCCUCCGCACUCAACUUUUCGGGGCUCCUCAGUCGCAGAGAGGGUCCUGGGGUCGUCGGGAGCCAGAGGAGGCUCCUGUUCCCGGGCCGGGGCACCGGGGCCUCCGGAACCCGGACGCUCGCUGAGCCGGCGCCCGCGCUGGGAACGGAGAGGGAACCUCGGAGUGGGCCUGGUCCUGGGAGAAGCCCCCAGGUCCCCCUCCGGUGACCCCGGAGCUCCGCGCCCACGCGGCAAGUUUCCCACGAGGCGAGGGCGCAGCCGGCAAGUCCGGGAGGAGCCAGCUCCGAGAGGCGCUAAUUCAAUAAGACAGAGAAACCGGAGUUCAGAAAUCCUGGUGUUGUUGCUAAUGAGCUCUCCUCCCCUCUUACAAUGAAAGACAAGCCAGACCCUGGGUACCUGCAUGGAUUGAGCUGAAGUCCCAGAAACUUCAUAAUAAGUUGCCAAUGGCUACCAGCCAAGGUCAGCUGGCCUCCAUUAGUGCCUGUCCCCACCAAGACAGAGCCAAAUAAGCUUCUCCCCAGUCAACACCUCAGUAGCUUUUUUAUGUUCUAGUCCAGCCCACAACUGUUGUCACUUUAAACCCAUAUGAAAAGAAAUCUCUUUUAUUGGUCUGAACCGCCAAGUCCAGCCCCAUCGAGGGACCAUGUUUCCAGCCCGCAGGUCCACCUUCUGAUUUUAUUUUAUCUUCACAACACAGGCCAGAGGGUUGUUGUGCAGUAGUGCUGAGCACAUCACACAUGAAGGGCCCUUGAAAGACCAGGAUUGAUUGGGAGGACAACAAUUAAAGGCAAUCGGAUCCAGCCCCAUGCCACCUCCCCGCGGAGUUCCUCCCUAUCCCAUUUCCAUCCACUGUCACAAUCGGAGAGCCUGCCUGAGUUGACCAGAUUCGCCUCUGGGAGAGUGUGCUGCCAAGGUUAGGAGGACACCGAGUUAUGGGCAACUUCUUGAUCUGCCCAGCAGCAGUCUGAGAAACGCUGGCUCUGAGUUUUCCAUCUUGGCCUGGUGGGAAAAACAAGUUCCUCGCUGCGCCUCGGCCGCGCUCGAGUCCCUGGGACAGCCGGCCUCGCCGCCUGGUAGAUGUAGCAUUUCCAUGCUGAGGCCCGAGUCCCGCCUGACCCAGCCGCUGCCUCUCCACGGCCUCUCUGGGCCGCACCCCCGAGGACCGCACAGCCAUGCUCGCCCUGCUGGCUCUCCUCCUGCACUGCCUCCCGCUGGCCUCCGGGGACUAUGACAUCUGCAAAUCCUGGGUGACCUCGGACGAGGGCCCCACCUGGGAGUUCUACGCCUGCCAACCCAAAGUAAUGCACCUGAAAGACUACGUCAAGGUGAAGGUGGAGCCCUCGGGCAUCACGUGUGGAGACCCCCCUGAGAGAUUCUGCUCCCAUGAGAACCCCUACCUGUGCAGCAACGAGUGUGACGCCUCCAACCCGGACCUGGCCCACCCGCCGCGGCUCAUGUUCGACAAGGAGGACGAGGGCCUGGCCACCUACUGGCAGAGCGUCACGUGGAGCCGCUACCCCAGCCCCCUGGAAGCCAACAUCACCCUUUCGUGGAACAAGAGCGUGGAGCUGACGGACGACGUGGUCGUGACCUUCGAGUAUGGCCGGCCCACCGUCAUGGUCCUGGAGAAGUCCCUGGACAACGGGCGCACGUGGCAGCCCUACCAGUUCUACGCGGAGGACUGCUCGGAGGCCUUCGGCAUGCCCGCCCGCCGUGCCCGCGACCUGCCGGCCUCGGGCGCGCACCGCGUGCUGUGCACCGAGCAGUACUCGCGCUGGGCCGGCUCCAAGAAGGAGAAGCACGUGCGCUUCGAGGUGAGGGACCGCUUUGCCAUCUUCGCGGGCCCCGACCUGCGCAACAUGGACAACCUGUACACGCGGCUGGAGAGCGCCAAGGGCCUCAAGGACUUCUUCACCCUCACCGACCUGCGCAUGCGGCUGCUGCGCCCCGCGCUGGGCGGCACGUACGUGCAGCGGGAGAACCUCUACAAGUACUUCUACGCCAUCUCCAACAUCGAGGUCGUUGGCAGGUGCAAGUGUAACCUGCACGCCAACCUGUGCUCGGUGCACGAGGGCAGCCUGCAGUGCGCGUGCGAGCACAACACCACCGGCCCCGACUGCGGCAAGUGCCGGAAGAACUUCCGCACCCGGUCCUGGCGCGCCGGCUCCUACCUGCCGCUGCCCCACGGCUCUGCCAACGCGUGUGCAGCUGCAGGCUCCGCCGUUGGCAAGUGGAACAGGCCAUCGACAGCAGCCCCCCCAGGGGAGAGCCCCCCCUGGCCCCAGGUGUCCUCCCGUGCAGAAGCUGCGGGCACCUUCGCCGCUGCCCCGGCCCCGGCCUCCAAACCUUUCCAGCUCAGGCCCACAUCUCAAGGGAUGCCUGCUGAAGAAUUCCAAGACUGCGAGUGCUACGGCCACUCCAACCGCUGCAGCUACAUCGACUUCCUCAACGUGGUGACCUGCGUCAGCUGCAAGCACAACACGCGAGGCCAGCACUGCCAGCACUGCCGGCUGGGCUUCUACCGCAACGGCUCGGCCGAGCUGGACGACGAGAACGUGUGCAUCGAGUGUAACUGCAACCAGAUUGGCUCGGUGCAUGAUCGGUGCAACGAGACCGGCUUCUGCGAGUGCCGUGAGGGCGCGGCGGGGCCCAAGUGCGACGACUGCCUGCCCACGCACUACUGGCGCCAGGGCUGCUACCCCAACGUGUGCGACGACGACCAGCUGCUCUGCCAGAACGGCGGCACCUGCUUGCAGAACCAGCGCUGCGCCUGCCCGCGCGGCUACACCGGCCUGCGCUGCGAGCAGCCCCGCUGCGCCCCCGCGGACGACGGCGGCGGCCUGGACUGCGACCGCGCGCCCGGGGCCGCGCCGCGCCCCGCCACCCUGCUCGGCUGCCUGCUGCUGCUGGGUCUGGCCGCCCGCCUGGGCUGCUGA